AUGUCAUCACCUGCUAGUGACAUGAGCAACGUGACGCUCACUCUUCCUGCUUUGAAGCGAUCAAGAAGUGCUAACAUCGGUGUCAUUACCCGAUCGGAAAAUGCCGUCUCAGCAAUCUUCAACAAAGAGGCAUCUGCUCUAACCUACAAGGAAAUUGGAACUCUCAAGGCCAAUCUCACGAUAAGACAAUGGGAACUAUCCUGCGCGGGAAGUGACGUGCCAAAAAUCAAACAGAUGAAGAAGUUCUUGGAGGAACGAUCUCGCGCCCUAGAAGCUACGAAGGACCUCCAGUUACCUUCAAUUCAUAGAAAAAAUCAUCAAGGAAAUUCAGACCAAUCUGGAAACUCUAAGAGAGAUGACAAGGAAAUGUCUAUUUCCAAUAGAAGACAAGAAGCCAAAUCAAAGCGAUUAUGCUUCAAUUGCCUGUCCCUUGGACACCAAAAUCAUGAGUGCAAGUCGAAGUCAACGUGCCAAACCUGUCGAAAGGGUCAUCACUCGUUACUUCACAUCCAUACAGACCCAAACAAGCAACCGGGACCUGAAAAUAAGUUUGCGGGUCACGGGGGUACUACCAGUGCUACUACCAUACUGGGAACUGUACUAAUUGAGGUGAAAACUGCAAAUGGCGGUUAUCACAAUUGUCGAGCCUUACUGGACAGCGGAUCUGAAUGCAGUUUCGUUACAACCAGCUGUGCUAACCGACUCAAGCUACCAAUCAAGAAAUUGACUCUUCAAAUAACUCGAGUUGGCGGAGGAGCAAAAACUGUGAAAUCUGGUUCUGUCAAUCUGGAAACAAAGGAUUCUCAGAAUCAAUCUCUACAUAUUGAAGCCUUCACUCUUCAAAAACUUUCUGGCUACCUGCCCAGAGAACGGAUGAAUAUACCGAACAGUUUGGAUAUCACACGUCUUAAGCUCUCGGACCCAGACUUUGAUAAACCAAAGGAAAUCGAUAUAAUCCUAGGCUGUGAUGUCUACAACGACAUUGUUGGCUGCGAAAAGAUUAAGCUUACAGACAAGCUUUAUGCACGUGAGACUCUAUUUGGUUGGAUGAUUAGCGGCAAAACACCCGGUCCUCCAACAACCUUCUUCAAGUCAUUUCAUGUGUCUAUUGGCGAUAGUCUAAGGAAAUUUUGGGAAUUAGAAGAAAUUCCUGAUUUCAAAAAGACGACAACAGAAGAAGAUCGAUGUGAAUCUCACUUUAAGGAAACAACCAUAGUACAAAAUGGACAAUUCACCGUGCAGCUGCCUUUCAAGCCCAAUAGUCAACUUGGCGACAGUUUAGCACAAGCAAAACGCAGAUUCAAUUAUCUCGAGCGACGACUGGAACAGAAUCCAGAACUAAAAGAUCGCUAUACCGCAUUCAUAGACGAAUUUCUCGAUAUGGGGCCUAUGGAGUACAUACCACCUGGAGAAAUCGAAAAGCCAGUUGAUAGCGUAUAUUAUCUGCCACUUCACUGCGUUUUCAAGGAAGAUUCUACUACCACAAAGCUACGUGUAGUUUUCGACGGAUCUGCAACAACAUCAACCGGACAAUCACUCAACGACACUUUGAUGGUUAAUUCCACGGUACAAGACGACCUCUACUCGAUAAUCAUGCGCUUCAGGUUCUACCCAAUUGCUUUAUCAGCAGAUAUCGCAAAAAUGUACCGACAAGUUGCUCUAGAGGACAAAUCGAAGGAUUUCCAUCGCAUACUUUGGAGAUCAAAUAAAUCGGAUGAAAUCAAGCAUCUCAGGAUGACACGUGUUACAUAUGGAAUAGCUUCGUCAGCUUUCCAGUCAACAAGAUGCCUCAAUGAAGUAGCAGAUCAAUCUAAGAACCCAAUGAUCAAAGAAAGUCUCAAAAAUUGUUUCUAUGUAGACGACUUUCUUGGUGGCGCUAAUGAUAAGCAUGAAGCAGAAAGAUUCAUCUCUGAUUUAUGCGAAGAGCUGAACUCUCAUGCAUUUCCUCUACGAAAAUGGACUUCAAGCAAUGCUAAAAUAAUUGAAGGAUUGCCAGAACAUCUCCGCGAAAAAUCGGAUGUGCUGGAACUUUUCUCUGACGAAUACAAAAUCAAGGCGCUAGGAGUCACUGACACAUUAAUAUCUUCCUCACUCUGGUGGAAUGGACCAGAUUGGCUGACCAAGGAUGAAAGGCACUGGCCCAACCUACUACCAUCUCUAGUUGAAGCACCUGAAAAACGAACCGUCAAAGCCAAGACUAAUGCAGAAAACCAAGAAAUACACUUCAAAUCAGAGCUAAAUUGUCUGAAGGUGAUAAGGGAGCUGAGUAAAACAUCGAAACUACUCAAUCUUAGUCCGUUUUUCGACAAGGAUUACGAUCUACUAAGAGUUGGAGGCAGACUUUCACAAUCAAACUAUCCAACAGACAAGAAGUUUCCAAUACUCGUUUCGAAAAAAUCUGAUUUAGUAUCCCUACUCUUCAUGGCGGGGGGCAAUUAG